AUGGCAACGUUGCACAAAACAAAGAUGAUUAAAAGUUUAGACACAACGUGUACCCGGGGUUGGCACUAUCAGCCCGUGACGGGCCUUCACAACAACAUCGUCUCUCAGUGGAACCUGGUAUGCAAUGACUACUGGAAGGUUCCCCUGGAACAAGUGAGCUACAUGGUUGGUUGGAUCAUCGGAUAUCUGACCUUCGGAACGGUUGCUGAUAGACUGGGUCGUCGAACUACAUUUAUCCUGUCGUUGGUCCUGGCAAUCAUGCUUGGGGUUGGAGUUGCAGUCUCUUUGAACUUCUUAAUGUUUAUCAUAUUGCAAGUGUUCAGUGGGGCAGCACUGGCUGGACUUUUACUCUCUGUGUAUAUUGCAAGGUUGGAGAUGUGUGAUCCUCCCCAUAGACUGAUGAUCACAAUGAUUGCUGGCUUCUUUACAGUUGCCGGGAAGCUGCUGUUACCAGGUGUGACUGAGUUGUGUAAAGACUGGCGAAUUUUACAAGGUGUGGUCACUGCCCCUUUUCUGCUCCUGCUAAUUUAUUGGUGUGUUCCUGCUGUGUUCCCAGAGUCUCCUCGCUGGCUUCUUGCAACCAAGCAGAUGGAGAAGUGUAAGCAAAUAAUACGUCGUAUUGCAGUGGGUAAUGGUGUCGACUUGGAAGAUGAAUUAUAUGCUUCUUGCAAUGUGCUUAAUGAGAUGGAUACUAUGUUUGAAAAUGUUACCCAGCCUCAGUGGUAUACCUUCUACGAUAUGAGUAAUGCUCGAAUUAUUUGGAAGAAUAUCAUAAUCCUGGGGUUUACCACGUUCAUUGCUGGUGGAAUUCAACACUGCUUCGUCCAGAACCUUGUUGGUUAUGACCUAAGUUUCUACUUCAGCUAUUUUAUCAUUGUAGGUACUGAAGGUGUGGCCUGCCUUUUCCUUUAUUUUACUGUGAAUAAGUGUGGCCGGCGUGGCAUCCUUCUGCUCACAACAAUCAUCACAGGAUUGUCCUCGCUAUUGCUGCUUGCCCUCAUGCAAUAUUUGCAUCACAGUCUUGUUCUUGCACUUUCUAUCCUGGGUCUUUGCUCAUCAUAUGCUGUUGCCAUAUUAAGUGUCUUUUUUGCCAGUGAGGUGAUCCCUACAGUGGUUAGAGGUGCAGGUCUAGGCUUAAUAUUGGCUAUAGGCUGUAUUGGAAAAGCAACAACUCCAAUCACGGACCUACACAAUAAACAUGGAUUCUUUCUUCAUCAUGUUAUAUUUGCCUCUUUCGCUGUCCUGUCGGUGUUGUGUGUUAUGUUGCUUCCAGAGAGCAAACGCAAACCACUCCCUGAAUCUAUAAAAGAUGGUGAAAAUCAGAGACGUCCUCCACUAUUUUUGCCCCGAAAGAAGGAUGGAGUGCCUUUGCUACCUUCAAAACAGCACCAAGAGUAUAACCCAGAGAACUAUUCAAGACUUGUUACAGCAACUAAGAAGAUGUUGACCCGCCAUAAACCUUUUAAAUCACUGAAUCCUGUAAAUGAAAGUGUGACUGAGGAGAGUGUAGAUUCUGCUUCCUAGCCAGCCUUCGUGUUGUCUAUAGAAAUUCUAUAAUCUAAUGGUGCAUAUUGUUGGAAGGCAACUAAUUACUGUUUGGUCGUUGAGAAACUGACAUGUUAGAAACUACAGACUAAAUACAGGAUCAUCUCAAAAAGUGUAUCGUCUAAGCGCUAGUUUGUGAACUAGUGUCAGGAUUAUGUUCAAAACAUUAGAUAAAUAUAUUAGAAAUAUCAGUUUCUCUUCAUCUCUAGCAUUUAGUUUGCGUUGUGUAUAAUGACCUUUUCCAUUUUACAAUUCAUCUUGGGGAAAAUGAAGUCUGAUUGUUACAUUCUGAUGUUUGCAGAACUUAUUCUGUUUUAGCCAACUCAGUUGAGAGAGGGUUACGUUUUUUUUAUUAAAAAGAAAAGCUUUAUGUACAAUCUUCAUUUCCAUUCACUGUUCUAUAAAAUAUUUUGGCCUGAGCUCAAAUCCUGCUUUGAAUUUGUUUUUACUUUAGAUUGUGAAAAUUAAAUUCUUACACUCCUGCUGAUGUUCUGUUAAUCAAACACUUGUGUGAAUUGUUUGCACCCUUUUCAGCUGUAUUGUGCAAAUUCUCAGCUUUUCAAUAUCAGUUCCAGAACUCAAUCUUCAGAAAAUUACACAUUAAAUACUAUUCCAUGUGUUUUUUCCCCUCGUGCCUUAAGUGGUGUUGCUGAAAUUUGGAGUAUGUUGAUAUUUGCCAAUAUUUUGAUUGAUCAAGAUUUCUUGAGGUUCCGGAUGAGAGUUGCCAGAUAAAGGGUCAACUACAAAGAUCGUAUUUGUUGUAAUCUUUCCAAUCGAGCAAAAUAUAUAUUGCAUAUAUAUUGGCUUCUUUCCCUUGGAUGACUUUACUGAGAUUGGGAAUUAUUCAGCGUAAACCUGUAGAUGUGGAGUUGGAGUUGAUUUAAACCAAUAUCAAAAUACUUCAUGAAGACUCAGCUGUACGGUUAGUUUUCCAAAUUAAAUGGGUCUUGUGGCUGAUUUAACUGCAUAUCCAUGUUGGAUUAUGCAAAGUAAGAAUACCGUUUGAAUGUUUCAGAUCAUUAGAUCAAUAUUUUUGCAACUUCAUUACAGUAGCAUUCUACGAGAGUAUUCUGGUAGGAAGAAAUUGCUUAUAAUACAUUUUGCCCGUAGCAUGUAUUAUAUUUUUAAAAAUUUUAAAUG